AGUCCUGACAGAGCAUAUCAUGGAUUCAUAUCUCUAUUUCUUUGCAGGAAUACCAGUGGAAGAUUCCUAAGCAUGGAUCAAACCACCCUAUCCUGGAAUAUUAACAACACAGAAGUCAAAGAAAUUUACUACACUGAAAAUUUCUCCUGUGUCAUAAUGGUCAAUUUUCUUAAUAUCAUCAUUGCUGUGGUUGGGCUGGCAGGAAAUGCCACAGUGCUGUGGCUUCUAGGCUUCCACAUCCAUAGGAAUGCCUUCUCUGUCUAUGUCCUCAACCUGGCUGGUGCUGAUUUCUUGUACCUUUGCAAUCAGGUUAUGGUUUCCCUGCAGUGUGUUCUUCAUUUAGAUAGUGGCAAAUUUUACUCUCUCUUCAUUGUAUUUAUGUUUGCUUACCUAGCAGGUUUGUGUAUGAUUGCAGCCAUCAAUGUUGAGCGCUGCCUAUCUGUUAUGUGGCCCAUCUGGUAUCACUGCCAACGACCAAGACACACAUCAACCAUCGUAUGUGUUCUGCUAUGGACUUUCUGUCUGUUUUUGAGUCUCCUGGUAGGGCUAGGCUGUGGUUAUAUUUUCAGUGUUUCUGAAUAUGAUUUGUGUAAUGCAUUUUUCUUUACCACUACUGCAUUUAUAAUAGUGUUAACUGUGGUUACUUCAGUUUCCACCCUGGCCCUGUUGGUAAAGAUCAUCUGUGGAUCACACAGGAUUCCUGUGACCAGGUUGUAUAUAUCCAUUGCUCUCACAGUGAUGGUCUUCAUAUUUUUUGGUCUUCCCUUUGGGAUCUGCACGUUCCUCUUGCAAAUGUUUGAGGAGUUUCAAAGAAUUUAUUCUUACAAUGUUCAUGAAGUGAUGAUAUCCCUGUCCUGUGUUAACAGCUGUGCCAAUCCCAUCAUUUACUUCCUUGUUGGCUCCAUCAGGCACUGCAGGUUUCAACGGCAGAGUCUGAAGCUGCUUCUGCAGAGAGCCAUGCAGGACACUCCUGAGGAAGUGAGUGGAGAGAGGGGUCCUUCACAAAGGUCUGGGAAACUGGAAACCAUCUAG